UGAGAAACGAACACGAUGUUGCGUUCUUGCCGUCGACGACUGCUGCAGGCGACGUUGCCCCAGGUGACAACGAAACUUGGAUACAAGAAUUACGUGAUGUCAGAUGCGCUAGCGCAGAUGGAGAUGUACUGUGAAUCCCUCAAGUGUGCAGCGCCUAUUCGCAAGAGAAAGGUGACAGUUUAUGGCGCAGGGAGCGACGUCGGGCGCAUCGUGACACUAUGUCUCAAGAUGCAAAGUGCAGUAAAACAACUGUCUUUGUACGACGAUGUAGCUAAGCACCACGUGAUCGGCGUAGCUAACGACAUCGCACACAUCGACACUAACUGCGCUGUUGAUGCAUACCAAGGCCGCACAUAUCUUAAAAAAGCUUUAACUGAUGCUGACGUAGUGGUGAUUUGCGGUGGACGUUACGUAAUGCCUCCCUGCUGCAAUAUUUUGGACCGGGACCUGUUCUUCCAGAACUUGCAACACGUGCGCACCGCCGUUAUUGGCUGCGCUAUGUUUGCGCCAAACGCAUUGAUCGCCGUUCAAACGCCACCUGUCGACUGCAACUUCACACUUUGCAAAUACAUUCUGGACCAAUAUCACAUUUACAAUCCAAAGAAGCUGUUGGGCGUAAACGCUGUGAACUCCAUGAGGGCAGGUCAAAUGCUCGCUACGAAGGCGAAUAUCCAGGCCGGGGACGCACAUGUUCCUAUCGUCGGCGGCACAGGCCGAGUUACAAGGGUACCUGUUUAUUCUGGGACCACCUAUUUUCAUUGCGUAUCACCCGAGGAUUAUGACUGUAUGAUCCGUCUAGUCCGUGAGGCAGACGACUUGAUCUGUUGCGUCAAGUGUAACAACGAACAGGGCCAUCUAUCCAUUGGAUAUGCCACCGCUCGAUUUGCCACCAAUUGCCUCAAAGGUUUAUACGAAAAGCCGACCAUGGCAGAGAGUGCUCUGGUGGAGAUAGAAGAUCCGAGUAGCUGCUACGGCUUGAAGUACUGCUCAGUGCCUAUCACCAUCGGCGACACGGGAAUUGUCAAGUACCAUAUACCCAAACUGAACCCACCCGAAUUGGAGCUUCUUAAAGAUAGCCAACACGACUUGGAGGAUAUGUUGGAAAUGGGCCGGUGCAACGCCGUCGGUGACGAGUACAUCGAAAAUUUACCGAAUCCUAAACAGCCGUGCUACAUUCCUAUGGCAUGUCCGGUCGGAACACCUUGUAAAAAUAAGGCAGAUGCCGCUUAAAAUUAAGAUCAGGACUAAUUUAUUUGAGUCUGUUACGACCUGACAAUUGGUUACGACAAAACCUAUUAUUUACAGGUUUUGUUGUAACCAAUUGUCAAGAGUCCAACCAAUUAUUUAGCGAGUCAAAAAAAAGCAUUUGAAAAGGCGAAGAUAAAAUCAUAGUUUUCCAGUAAUGUUAAAUGUUUUGCAAAUAAUAUAUUUUG